AUGGCGAGCGCUCCGGUGAGGCCGCCACGAUACGGUAUUGACAGCACCAUGGAUCACGCCAACGUCCACGCCGCGGACACCAACUCAACCGCCUCUCACGGCUCUUCAAGCCGCUUCGCCCCAGUUGGCACUCGAUCAAUAGGAACUCCAGCACCGGCACCAAUAGCUUUGGGUGAUGUUCUGGCUCGCUCCAACUCCGAUCAUGUCGCUGCUCUCGACCAGGUCUUAGCAGAGCGUAAUCAGUUCUGCCUCGACAAUGCGAAGCUCUCCUCCGAAAACGUCCGUAUCUGGAACCUCAUGGGCCGUAUCCGUAAGGAGAACGAGAUCCUCAAGGCUCGAUGUGCAGAGCUCGAGCGUGCUUAUGGCGUAGCGCCUUCCAACAAAGGCUCACCGCUUGGAUCAUCCGCAAACGCUGCACCGAACUCGCCCGCUGGCAAUCGGAGAAGGCUGCCCUACGGCCUCGAAGGCGAGAGGUCCAACAGCCCUCUCAGCUCUCCUCGUCACGGCCGACAGAACUCGAGAGGCGACCUUGAUCAGCGCUUAGCAUCUGCCGCACAGUCAGCGCCCCUCUCAAGCAGCCAACGCAAUCAGCAAGAUGCAAACAAUGCGACCUACGAAGCGGGUCAGUCGCGCUCCAACACCAAUGGCAACGGGUCCACCAACGUCUACGACAGCCCCAUCACCAGCGUCGACCAAGGGCCUUCCCGCAGCACCCAACCCGUUGACACAGGCGUCCAGCGAGGUUCCGUCGCCAGCAAUGGUCCACAAGCGUCCAUCAUGCAACAGAGGGCGGCAGCACAGGCCCAGGCACAAGCCCAAUCUAUGUCUCUUGCUCGCCCUGAUGAGAAUACUGGCUCAUUUGCCGGCCACGAAAGCGGCGACUUUGAGGCUAUCGACCGCAGUUCCGCUUCCGGCACCGAUGAGGGUCCUCACACCAUUACAAUGACCCCACAGACUCCUUCUCAAGACAAGCUGCGUGCCACCGCUCAGCAGGUGAACCCUUCACCUUCGGGUAUGCCCGUCUCUCCCUACCAGCCCUCAGUUGAUAGAGCCACCGAACAGGAAAGGUCGCUGCUUGCUUCUGGCCCCAGUCGCAACCGAACUGAGAUCACUCCCGCCAUGAUUCCGUCCUCAGCCAGCACCCGAUCGCUCGUCUCCAAGGUGGUAUCCGAAGAUCGUCUCACGCGCGGUUCCGGCUCCCGAAGGUCCAAAGAUGACGCCAAGAAGCGUGUUCUCGCCCCUCGUCUUGACUCAUCCUUGCUGCGCGUUGCUAGUGUAAAGAUCCAGGGUACCAACUACCGUUCGCCUGAUCGCGGCAAAGAGUCCAUCUCCUUCUUUAUCACUGUCGACAUCUUGCAUCCCCCCGCUUCCUGGGGUCUGAACAGCAUGGCUUCCGGCGAGCCGACUCCACCAACAUCUUGGACCAUCGAGAAGAGUUACAGCGACAUAGUUGGUCUUGAUGCCAAGCUUCGGAGUAAGGUCGGCAAGAAAGCAUCCCAGCGACUCGCCCCUCUGCCCGACAAGUCUCUUUUCAAGGACCACGCACCUGCCAAGGUGGACCAGCGCAAGGCUCUUCUCGAGAUUUACCUCCAGAGUCUCAUGGUACUCGAGCUACCGGACAAGGACGAAGUCUGCACCUUCCUCUGCACCGACGUCGUACCUAGCCGCAUCCAUGAUCCUAAUUCUUGCACCAAGGAGGGCUUCUUGACCAAGAAGGGACAGAACCUUGGCCGAUGGGUCACUCGCUUCUACGUGUUGCGAAACUCGUACCUCAGCUACUACGAGACGCGAGGUGGUGCUCAGAUCGGCAGCAUCAACAUCCGAGAAGCACAGAUCGGUCGACAGCAGAAGAGCACAGCAGGCAGCGAGCAGGAUGAGAACGCCUACCGACAUGCCUUCUUGAUUCUGGAAAAGAGGGACGGCAGCCAUGACGAGCCACCGUACAUUGCUCGACACGUCUUAUGCGCCGAAAGCGACGAGGAGCGGGAUGACUGGGUCGACGUGCUCGUCCGAGCCAUUGCCGAGCUAGAUGGAACCUCUCUCGACGAUUUGCCUUCAUCUCCGACGCAAGCGAUGAGCAAGAUGUCUCUGAGCCCAUCCACGCCGAAGCGUGAGACUGCUGGCUACAACGGUCGCUUGCCUGACUCGGCCUUCAGUCCAUCCAUGGACUCAUCCUCGCGACAAUUUAGUGGCGACAUGGAUCGAGGCGCUCACAUGGGUCAAGAUCCAAGCAGGACGGCCCGUAUCAACAGCUUGGACUCGACAGCAACCGGCAAGCCUUCCGCUUCGAUUGGCGCCACCUCUUUGCCACAGUCGGCUUCGCACCGCAGCUUCAACGAGCCACGGUCACCUGCCAGCAUCCGAAAUGCUGAACUUCAGGAUACUCCUGGCUCGCCUGGUCUUCGCAACGAGCCUCUCGGCAGAGGCAAGGCAUCCAUCAGUGGUCCCAUCAAUGGCGCUCCGAUUCCAGCUGGCUACAAGUUUGGCGCUCGAGAUGAAGCUGCCACCGAUAACAAAAAGGAUGACAAGAAGCGCUUCUGGCAAGGCUUCCGAGCCUUUGGUGGUCACGACAAGCACAACCGAGAGCCUCGGCCUGUGUUUGGUGUGCCUCUCGCUGAGUCCAUCGCAAUCUCAAGCAUUCACGAGGGUCUGGCUCUUCCUUCAGUCGUUUACCGCUGCAUCGAGUACCUCGAGAAGCGCAAUGCAUUCAUGGAGGAGGGUAUCUACCGUCUCUCUGGCUCGUCGGCCGUGAUCAAGACGCUCAAGGAUCGUUUCAACAUGGAGGGAGACGUCGACCUGCUGGCCGAGAACCAGUUCUACGAUCCUCAUGCCAUCGCUGGUCUCCUGAAGACAUUCUUGCGUGAGCUUCCCACGAGCGUCCUAACCCGCGAACUUCACAUGGACUUCAUGCGCAUCAACGAGCUGCAAGACCGAGUCGAGCGGGUCAACGAGCUUGGCCAUCUCGUCUCCCAGCUGCCCUUGGCCAACUAUUCGCUGCUUCGAACGCUUUGCAGUCACUUGAUGAAGAUCAUCGAGCACUCGGACGUCAACAAAAUGACCAUGCGCAAUGUCGGUAUCGUCUUCAGUCCUACUCUUGCUAUUGGUGCUGGUAUCUUUGCUCUCUUCUUGACCGAGUUCGACACUGUCUUCGAGACCGAUGCCAAUGGCGAGCCUGCCCCUAAGCGUAUCGAGGAGGAAGUUGUAGGUCUGGACCAAACCGAAGAAGGUCUCAGCACGGAUGGCCCAGUUGAGAACUCGAAGCGCAACAAGCGUAACAGUGUUCAGUACCGCGAGAGUCAGGCUGAGAAGCUGCUUGGUCUUGAGGGACGUAGCCUUAGCCACCGACCAGUCGAGGAAGACAUGGAAGGCAUUUCCGACGAGGCUGCUGCUGGAGGUUGGGCUGAGAACCAAGCUAAUGGUUCUCACGAGUUGGACGGUCAGCUUCCCUAUGACGAGCAGCCUUCGCAACUUUUUGGUGAGACGAAGCAUCCGAUGCACGGACACCAGACACCUUCAGCCAUUAUGAGCUGA